CUGUUAGAGACAAACAAUGAUGGCGUCGCUCGGGGAAGAUACGGGUUCCCCCAAGUCUGCUCCUCCUGGGGACGAUGAAGAGAGAAAACCCAUGGCCGUGUCCUUUGGUUUUACUAAAACAGUUAACAAAUUCAAACCAUCGACUGGCGAGUUUAGAAAAGAUGACAGAGAUUAUUUGACCGGAAUUGAUGGCAAAGAAUUGCAAAGUACAAAACCCUCGGAGAAGCCCAAAGAGCUCAUCAUCCCUCUGAUCCAGAAGAACCGCUGGCACCGACCGGACCAAGCGGUCCAGGCCGAGACCAGGGCCGUCAAAACACCAAAAAACACCGAAGACAAUGACUCUGUGGAAUCCCAGGCUGUCAAGGAGCUCAUUGAAGACUCACGGAGGCAGCUGGAGGAGUGGCAAAACGGCUCCCAGUCAGAAAUCAACCCGAACCUCGCCAUACCCCUGUUGAUGCAGAACAAAGUGCCCGACGGCUUCGAGGAUGGUGACCGCGUAAAGGUGGAUCUACGACCUGAAUCUUCGACAGAGGCCGACUAUGAGAGCAUUCCUGUUGAGGCUUAUGGACUCGCUAUGAUUAAAGGGAUGGGCUGGAAUAAAGAGGAAGGCAUCGGACGCACCUUUAAACAACACGUGACGCCGAUCGAACACGAGCUCCGUCCGAAGGGUUUGGGUCUCGGAGCCGAUCGUUCAGCAAUAAAGGACCUGGAGCCCACUAGGCACAAGCGUCCCCCCAAGCCCGGCGAGGAGCGAGAGAAGGAGGAGGAGCUGGUGAUGGGUCCAGGCGGGUGCAUUCUGGUGGAGUCGGGGGCGCAUAAAGACAUGUAUGGCAAGAUCGAAGGCGUCGAUGCCGACAACGCCCGAGUUGUGGUGAAGCUGGCCAUCGGCGGCAGGUCUGCGACAAUCAGCCAGUACGCUAUCAAACUGGUCGGCCGCAAGGAGUACGACAAGAACGGCAAAGACCUCACUCGCCUCAGUCGAGCCCACAAGGAGAAGGAGAAGGAAAGGGAGCGACGGGAGGAGAAAGUGAAGCAAAGUAACGGUGACGAGGUGAAAGACAAGUCUUCAGAAAGAGAGCGAGGAAAAGAUGAGAGGAAGAGGAAACACCGAGAAUCAAGUCAAGACAGAGAGAAACCUCCGGUGAAAGAGGCCCGGCGGAAACCGGCUCCGCCCUCGUGGCUCCAGAGGGACCUGAAAGUUCGCUUUAUAGACAAAGCUUUCAAAGGGGGCAAAUACUACAACUCAAAGAUGCGCGUGGAGGACGUCCUGUCACCGACUAUGUGCGUGUGUCGAACUGAGGAGGGGAGACUGUUAGACGAUGUGAAACAGAACAUGCUGGAAACCAUUAUUCCUAAAAGUGAAGAUGAUCCCAUCAUGGUGGUGCUGGGCGAGCACAGAGGACAGGUCGGCCGUAUUCUCCAACGGGACAAGAACAAGUGCAGAGCGACGGUCCAGCUCGACCGCAGCGAGGAGAAGCUGUUCACUCUGGAUUAUGACACCAUUUGUCACUACGUAGGAGCAACAGACCGCUGAUUCAAAUAUUAGUCCUUGUUAAAAAAAUGUUGUUUGUGAUGUUCCAUAAGAAUGGAUUUUAAAGCAUUGAUAUUUUGUAAUAAAACGUUAAGAAUUGGAUUUGUUACAGAUAUUAUAACGAUCAACCACUGACCCACAAAGACAAGUUGCGCUGAGUCAUUAUAGGUGUUUAGAUUUAUUAGCAAGUCCACUAAUGGCUUUAGUAACAACGACAAAGUCAAUCAUCAGGUCAUAUAAAAAAGUAUUUACAACAUUUCUACGUGUAAGAAUGAAAAGCACUGCAGGUGUAAAAGCUCAGCGCUCGAUUUCUGACAUUUACACAAACACACACAAACGUUUCAGAAUGAAAACAGAACUUGAGAUCUCUCAGUCCGUAACUCUCUUUAGUCGUUUCCUCCGGAGCUCGACUUACUCCUUGGGUAUCUGGUUAGCCGCGUUAGCCCGAAGCACGGCCCCCGGACUCGGGUAGGGCCGCUGCUGGAACAGGGGCCCCGCCGCUGUGGUGUCUGCACCCGUCUUCGCUUCGUUGCGCUUCGGCAGACCGGUGGACCACGUGCCCCUGUAAACGCAACGACGUUCGCUUUAAUACAUAUGAUAAUAAAAUAAUAAUUGAAUAUUUCUUUCCUAACUUUAUGGAACUGCCAUAGUAAAUCUCUGCAGUGCUACUUUAUCAUCACUGCUGUACCUUGGGGCAUCAGAAUAAGCACUUGGAUCCAUGGGGUCCAUCUCGUCAUCUUUUCUCCCUGAAAGGAAAAUGAAUAUGCAUCGCCCAUUCAUGUAAAAGAGCAUCAUUGACUUUGAAUGCUUGUCUCGUUUGAUGCCGAUGUAAAGCAUUACCUCUUUUGUUUUUGCUGUACGGCGCUGGUUCCUCUCUCCUCGGCUUUCUUCUCUCCCGCUCCCUCCCUUCGUCCCUCUCUCGCUCUCUCUCCCGUUCCCUCUCCCGUUCUUUUUCUCUUUCCCGCUCCCGCUCUCUCUCUAGCUUCUCAAACGGCCUCUCGAUUCUUUCAUCUCCUCCCUCUGCUGAAUCAUGAAAAUAAAAUAAAAGGCAAUGGUCACAAAAUAAAA